CCCGGAAGAGGAGUAGGUCUGCAGAGGAGGAGGGAAAAGAGAAAACAAAUAGGAUUUUCUCUCCCCCUACCCCCGUCGAAAAAAGACAGUGAAGAAGGCAGUCAAAAUUCUGGUGGGCCACGUCCAAUGGAAAUAACGAAGAAACCAUUUAAAUACAUGGAGUGUGAAAAGAGCGGCGAGAAACAAUUUGAAAACAUGGAGUGUGGAAAGAGCUUCACUGACAGUGGACACCUUAGAAAACAUCAACGGACUCACACGGGGGAUAAACAAUUUAAAUGCAUGGAGUGUGGAAAGAGCUUCAAUCAGAGUGGAAACCUUAGAAUACAUCAACGGACUCACACGGGGGAGAAACCAUUUAAAUGUAUGGAGUGUGGAAAGAGCUUCAGUCAGAAUGGACACCUUAGAAUACAUCAACGGACUCACACGGGGGAGAAACCAUUUACAUGUAUGGUAUGUGGAAAGAGCUUCAGUGAGAGUGGAAAACUUAGAAUUCAUCAACGGAGUCACACAGGGGAGAAACCAUUUAAAUGCAUGGAGUGCGGAAAGAGCUUCACUGACAGUGGAACACUUAGAAUUCAUCAACGGAGUCACACGGGGGAGAAACCAUUUGAAUGCAUGGAGUGUGGAAAGAGCUUCAGUGAGAGUGGAAAACUUAGAAUUCACCAACGGACUCACACUGGGGAGAAACCAUUUCAAUGUAUGGAGUGUGGGAAGAGCUUCAGUCAGAGUGGAGACCUUAGAAUUCAUCAACGGACUCACACGGGGGAGAAACCAUUUAAAUGUAUGGAGUGUGGAAAGAGCUUCAGUCAGAGUGGACACCUUAGAAUACAUCAACGGAGUCACAUGGGGGAGAAACCAUUUGAAUGCAUGGAGUGUGGAAAGAGCUUCAGUCAGAGUGGAACACUUAGAAAACAUCAAGGGAGUCACACAGGGGAGAAACCAUUUCAAUGCAUGGAGUGUGGAAGGAGCUUCAGUGAGAGUGGAAAUCUUAGAAAACAUCAACAGACUCACACGGGGGAGAAACCCUUACAAUGCAUGGAGUGUGGAAAAAGUUUCAGUGAGAGUGGAAAUCUUAGAAAACAUCAACGGACUCACACGGGGGAGAAACCCUUUCAAUGCAUGGAGUGUGGAAAGAGAUUCAGUCAGAGUGGAAACCUUAGAAUUCAUCAACGGAGUCACACAGGGGAGAAACCAUUUAAAUGCAUGGAGUGUGGAAAGAGCUUCAGUCAGAGUGGACACCUUAGAAUACAUCAACGGAGUCACAUGGGGGAGAAACCAUUUAAAUGCAUGGAGUGUGGAAAGAGCUUCAGUGAGAGUGGACACCUUAAAAAUCAUCAACGGACUCACACGGGGGAGAAACCAUUUCAGUGCAUGGAGUGUGGAAAGUGCUUCACUCACAGUGGAACACUUAGAAUUCAUCAACGGACUCACACGGGGGAGAAACCAUUUAAAUGUAUGGAGUGUGGAAAGAGCUUCAAUGAGAGUGGACACCUUAGAAUACAUCAACGUAGUCACACGGGGGGGGGGGAACCAUUUCAAUGCAUGGAGUGUGGAAAGAGCUUCAGUCUCAGUGGAGACCUUAGAAAACAUCAACGGACUCACACAGGAGAGAGACCAUUUAUAAAUGCGUGGAGUGUGGAACGAGCUUCAGUGAGAGUGGACCACUUAGAAAACAUCAACAGAUUCACACGGGGGAGAAACCAUAUAAGUGCCAGGGAAGUGGACAGAGGUUCAGUUGAGGUGGAAGUCUUACACACCAUCAAAAGACUCUGAGGGGUAAGAGCUGUAAUAGUGGAAACUCUACAAGCCAUUAAUUAACUCAAAGAUGAGAAAUGGUUUAAAUAGAAGGAGUGUGGAUUCUGCUUUGGUUAUUAUGGAACACUUUUUAAAGUGUAGAACCUCUUUCUCUCCGAGUCGAGUUGACACUUUAUUUCACAUCAAUAACAGGAAAUCACUCUUCAAUACAUGCAGCGUAUUUGUUCUUUGUAUGUAACAUUGUCUAGACAUAUUUUUAAAGUAAUGACGGUAACAUUUCACAAUAGUCAGCAUAAUAAAAUAUUUAAUGUACUGUUAGGUAGGGAGGGGGAGUGUGUGAGUCUGGAGUGUUGUUUCUGAAUGAGGAUGGACUGAGAGUGAGCUGGUUUUGGUGUUUGGUGGAGGGAGUUGCAAAUGUUUGUAUCUGGGAAUGUAGAGUUGCACAAAGUGGAGGUGAGAUUGGUGGUGUUGCUCUGGAAGCAGAGUUAGAUUAAUAUUAUAGGAACAGCAACAUAACUCCCACUGUUAUAAUUGCAAUAAUGGAACCAUGAAGACACAGAAAGAUGGUAAGCACAUUCUUAUAUGCCCAAGGUAACCUUGAAAGCCUCAUCUAUUCUUUUGAUUUAUAGAUAAAUUUUGUAUAUAUAUAUUUGGUGGCAGGAGAAAUAAAAGGGGUGUUUAGUGGCAUAACGAGGAAAAGGCUCUGUUCCUAGCUGCACGUCUUGCAUGAGGAGGGAAGGGGGCACAGGGAAUAAGGGACCGUACCACAGCAUCUUAAAGCAAUGUGUGGGGAGAGGGGGGCACAGUGACACAAGUGUAUGUAGAAUGGUAUCCCCAAAAUGACACAGGGGAGAAACAAUAUGGAUGUGGAAGGAGGUUCAGGCAGGUCCCAAACCGAGAGUGCUAAGGGUCAAUUUCCUCCAUAUCCACCAGCUGCCCCAAGGCAGGAGCCACCUCUGGGCACUUAGGGUGGGAAGCCUCCCUCCACCUUUGAAACUGGACAUGCUCCUAGGGCAGUGAUGGUGAAACUUUUAGAGACUGAGUACCCAAACUGCAACGCAAAACCCACUUGUUUAUCACAAAGUGCCAACGCAGCAAUUCUACCUGUAUAUCUAUUUUCCCCCUGUUUGUUUCACAUUUCUUCUUUAUGUACUGUUGUAAUAAAUAAUCUAUAUACCAGUAAAUAAAAAUGUAAAAUGUCAAUGUUUGCGUGCAUCCACUUUUCUCUGAAACCGCUUGACCGACUGCGUUGAAAUUUGUAGACAACGUUCCAUACCAAUAAGCGAGUGUUUGCAUAAACUUAGAUUAUAUAGAUGUCACACCCGUCACAGGUAAAAACAUGAUUUUGUGUAAAAACAACAACAUAGCACCCUCCAGUGGACGUCUAAUGAACAGAUAUUGCUAUCCUUUGGUGUAGCAGUAGCGCCAUCUGUUGGACGUCAAAGGAAAACAUCCUGUAGAACCCCAGGGGCGCCUCACAGAACGGGGGAGGGGGAGGAAAUAAGAAUAUAAAACGUUUCCACAUUCCCGCCCCCUCCUCCUCCUCCUACCUCUCCAUCGAGGCCUUGCCAGAUCCAUAGAGGGGAGGGGCAGAGGUAGCCCGGCAGCCUCACCGCUUCUCACCUCGCAGCACCCGCAGCUGCCGCCA